AUGGUAGAUACAUUUUCAAAUAACUAGUCCUCUAUGGGACUAAGCAAAAAAUUCGGAACGACUACGAAUUAUAAUUUACUUUCUAACAUCCCUAGGGCAGUUAUAUUGCAGAUUAAGAAUGAUGGAAAUCUUUUUAGAUAAAGAGCUGUUAAGUUUAGUUAGGAAUUAUGGAAAACAAUGAGAAAGAGCGAUUUUACUUCCAAUCGCUAACUUGGUAUUAAAUUAAUUGAGUAAAUCUAUGAAAAACACAAGGAAGAUAUCAUUGAAUAAUUUUAGAUCAACUCUCCUAAUGAGUUUCUCAAUAUAUUCGAUUCAGAUAAUGAUGGAUUUUUGAAUGAAGAUGAGUAGAUAUUAGUUUUCUCUACACUUAAGGAAAAAAUGCAGCAUACUGCAAAUAGUUUACUUAAGAUUUAGGAAUACUCUGAGUUUAAGCUUCUGAUGAAGGAGCUCAGAGAAAUCGAAAUUUUAAUUGCUGAGUAUUAAGAUCAAUUGAGACAACAAAUUUAUAAUAAUGAAUUAAAUCUCUAUUAAUAAAUUGGUGAAGAGAGACUCGAUGAUUUCUAUGAUUCUUAUUAUGAUGAGUUUGGAAAACUUGAAGAAUAUAAAGCACAGAGAAGAGCAGAAUUGUAGCUGAAGUAGGUAGAAGAGAGAAAUAUGCUGGAAGAUAAACUUGGGAAAGCAGUAGAACUUGUAAAAAUUAAACCUAAAAAGAAACUAAAAGAGUAUUAGAUUCAAGAAAAAUUAGUCUCUUUAGAUGAAAGGGUUGAAGAAGCUUUAGAUUUCAGAAAAGAGUUAAAGGAUUUGGAAGCUAAGGAACAAGAAAGAGUAGAAAAACUAUAAAUUGAAAGAGCUGAAAAGUAGAGAUCGAAUCUUUAAGAAAAGCAUAAAAAAGAAAGACAAUAGCUUGAAGGUAAGCUUUAAGAGGCACAAUUCAAGUUAAUUAUAAAAAUGAAGAAAGAUUUUAAUACUCUCAGUAAAAAAAACCAUCUUCACGAGCAUGAAAUAAAAAGAAUUUAAGGAUUAACUUCUAAAGGUGCUAUGAAAGAUGGACUAAAUCAAGGAGAACUUAUGAGAACUAAGAAUAAAUCAAGAUAGCAAAAUAACAUAAUUAUGGAAAGUAAAAAAAUCACAUCUAAUUUUAAUUCUUUGCAAUCUUCUGAAGAUUAAAACCCUCUCUUUAGAGGCAGAGUCACUCAUGGUGGAGGAGCAACUACAGGAGCAGGAACAAUCAACCCAUUUUAAGGAGUUGCAAGAAGCACUGUAAGAGGCCAUUCCACCUCUGGAGGAAGCUAAAAUUAAGUUGGAACUAUGAAUACUAAUGUUUCCUUAUUGAAUACAAAUGUGGUUUCUCCUAAACAUCAAUUUUCUUCUAAUUAAUAAUACUUGUAGCACAUUAUAAAACACGGAGAUAUAGUUAAUUUUUACAUCAAAAAGAAAUGGGGAGCUGACUUACCCGUUAAUCAUAAAUAAGAGCCACAUAAUAAUGGAAAAGCUAUUCCAAACCAUGAAAAAAUUGAAAGAAUUCUCAUGGCCAAAAAGAAAAGUAAGCUCGAUAUUCUUCCUUCUUUAACAGAUCUUUAUGACGAAGAACUCAAUUUAAGGGCAUUUAAUGAAACCAAUAGGUCAGAAGAAGAAAUAAAAAAAGAGAAGUUAAAGAAGAGACAAUAUAUCAACGAAAUGCUUUCACUUUGA